AUGGGACGGAGAAGGUCCAUCUUCUCCGGUCUCGUUCCCCUUCCCUUCUUCUGCCGCCGGCCCCCAAAAAAAGACGGAGGCCGAUCGUUCCGUGGUGCUGUGCCCCCAAUCGGCUUCUGUGGGGGAGCCCGACUUCCUUCUUCUCAAUCCAAUUCGACGACUUUCUGGUCGUUCCUGACUCGCCGUUCCGUGUUUGAGAUGUCAGAAACGACUUUCACCGACUUCUGCCGCCUUCAGAAGCCCGAUGGAAACUUUUUUGGAAGCGAUGGAAUUUCGUCGAGUUGUCCGAAGACUGAAAAAAAGGCAGAAGAGCGCCUUGAAGAAGAUCGCUCUCUCGAUAAUCCCGACCCAUCUUUCCGCACCUUGGUCUUCGACGUCUCUCGAGGUCGCCGCUUACCAGUUUCAGCGACAAAACGCGAGGAACAAAAUGUGGAGGUCUUGUGA